GGCUCAAGGAGACACUGAGCAAACAGCUUUGCAGAGAGCUUCAAGUCAGCUGUCAGAAGGGGCAGUUUGGUCUCUGUGCAAGCAAUACUCACAUUCCAAACUGCAUUAGAGAGAAGCCGGUGGGGUUUUAUGCAUUUUUAUUAUCAGUUCCAGAUUAGGAAUCUGGUGCUAUCUUUUUCUUAAAGUCUUUGUUUGCAGCAGAAUUUAUAUUCUAAAACAAAACCAGGAUUGUGAUGUUUUUCUCUCGCUAGCUUGCUCUUUUUUUCCUCUUUUUUUUCCUCCUCUCCCUGGCUUUACUCCAAGGACCUUUUCUGCUUGUUCGUUGCACUCUCAAGAUGCAGCACCGGAUGGUUACAGCAGUGCUGGUAGCACUGGUGCAGGUUUCUCAGAGUUUCCCUGCCCUGUACCACCGAGGCUGGUGGAGGCUGUUAAGGGAAGGAGAUAGCUGUGGAAAAUGUGACCUGGCUCUGUGCUCUGAGCCCAAGGACUGUCCAGCCGGGACUGUGCUGGAUCGCUGCGGCUGCUGCCCGGAGUGUGGCAAUGUGGAAGGUCAGAUCUGCGACCUGGACCAGGGCAAUCAUUUUUAUGGGCAAUGUGGGGAUGACCUCGAGUGCAGGUUGGAUGCUGAUGAAGCAAGGUUUGGGGAAGUCCCCGAGCCCCAGUGUGUGUGCAAAUCUCAAGAGAGCAUCUGUGGAUCUGAAGGGAAAACCUACGAGAACAUCUGUCAAUUCAACAAGGCUUAUGCUGCGAAAAGAAAUAUCAGCAUGAAACAUAAAGGGCCAUGUGAAUCAGCUCCUGUUAUUUCUAUGCCACCUCAGGAUGCCCAGAAUUACACUGGAAAUGAUGUCAUUUUUGGCUGUGAGGUGUCAGCCUAUCCUAUGCCACACCUUGAAUGGAAAAAAAAGGGGAAUAAAAUGUUUCUGCCUGGAGAUGACACCCACGUCUCAGUUCAGGCAAGAGGAGGGCCCCAGAAGUAUGGUGUGACAGGCUGGCUGCAGAUUCAAGGCCUCAAAAAAUCAGACGAAGGCAUUUAUAUCUGCCACACCAAAAACAAGCAUGGUGCAACAUAUGCCUCUGCAAGACUGAAAGUCAUUGAUGGUCCAUCUCCUGCCUUUGCAUUUACUACUGGCAGUAGGAGUGCAAGCUACAGCGUUGAGUAUGGGGAAUAUUACGACAAUUCUGAUGAGGAAGAUGAUGAAGACUAUGAAUCCGGGGACUAUGAUAAUGAAAACAACCCUGAAUAA